UUUUCACAAUGGGAGACUCUUUCAUCAUAGCUAUAGAUUUUGGCACUGCAUACAGUGGAUAUGCCUUCAAUAUAACACCGAGAGACGAUGAAAUAGAUCCAUACAUAAAGAGUUGGGGUGAAGAGGUUGGACUUGAGAACCCAAAGACUCCUACCUGCAUCCUGUUUGAUGGCCAAGAAGAAUUUAUCAGCUUUGGUUAUCAAGCUAAAGAAGACUAUCUUUCAAAAACGGGCCAAGAAGCCAGGGAGAAGUACUUCUUUAACUGCUUCAAGAUGGCUCUCUAUGGAAAAAAACUCACCAGAAAUCUGAAGAUUAAAGCAGCAAAUGGAAAGGAAAUGACGGCACUGAAAGUUUUCACUGAAGCAUUGAGAUUCCUGAAGGACGACGCUUUAAAAACCAUCGCAAAAAACACAGAAGGGAAAAAGUUCAAAGCCUCUGACUUCACCUGGGUGCUGACUGUUCCUGCCAUCUGGGAUCAUUCAGCUAAACAAUUUAUGAGAGAAGCUGCAACUCAGGCAGGUCUUGUGACCAAAGGAAACAGCAAUAAACUGAUCAUUGCCUUGGAACCAGAAGCCGCUUCGGUCCAUUGUAAGAAGCUACCAUCUGAUGGUUUCAUAGCAGAAAAUAGAGGAGAAGAUAAACUAGACCAGUCUCCAGGGACCCAGUACAUUGUGGUUGACUGUGGAGGGGGAACUAUUGACAUCACUGUUCAUGAAGUCUUGGAAGGAGGAGCUCUGAAGGAGCUACACAAGGCAUCUGGAAAUGAUCUGGGAGGACAAAACGUGGACAGAAAGUUUAAGGAGUUCCUCAGUGAAAUAUUUUGUGAUGGAGUCUGGGAUGAAUAUGAACAAAGCUACCCCAGUGAGGUUGAGAGAAUGAUGAAUGAUUUCACUGUUUUCAAAAAAAAGGAAAAAGAUAUAGAAGUGAUCUGUUCACUGAAUCUGGGGAGAGUGGCUCAGAAAAAACAAGACAUUGAAAAGUUCCUUGAAAAAGUUCAAGGAGUAUCCUACAACGAAGGUUCAAUCAGAAUCACUAAACAGAAACUGAGGUCUUUCUUUGAAGAAAGUCUGUGGGGAAUCACUAAGAGUCUCCGGCAAAUAUUAUGUAAAGAUUUCAAAAUAGAGUACAUCCUGUUAGUGGGGGGAUUUGCUGAGAGUGAGAUUCUACGCAGACACAUUACCGAUGAGUUUAUUGACAACUGCAAAGUUCUGUGUCCAUUUAGGCCACAAGAAGUGAUCUUAAAGGGAGCUGUUGAGUUUGGAAGAAGGCCACACUUGGUAGUAUCUAGAAAAAGUGGCUUCACUUAUGGGGUUGCUGUUAAUGAGGAGUUUGAUGCUUCAGUACACAGCCCGGACAAAAAGUUCACAACCAAAGAAGGCACGUUUUGUGCUGAUAUCUUCAUGAACCUUGUGACAGCAGAUGAGGAUGUUGGUUGGGAUGAAAUCAGGAACCACAUCUUAAACCCAUUAGAAUCAGAUCAAACCCAAGUGAACUUUACAUUUUUUCAAACAAAGAAAAAAAAAGUAAAUUACGUGGAUGAGGGAGGAGUAGAAGAAAUUGGAUCAUUUGUCGUUCAGUCUCCUGACAUCACACUUGGAAGAAAACGUGAGAUUAAACUGGAGAUAAAGUUUGGUUUCACAGAAAUGACAGCCACAGGCACUGACAAAGAGACAGGCAAGAAACAGACGAUUGAAUUGGACUUCAUGAGGAUGUAA